AUGCUUCCCUUCUUAUUCUUGGAGAAGCAUUAUUUCUACAAGGGAGUUAAUCCUUCAGGGUUCUUACUGGCAAAUUGGAGAUGGGGAGCAGGUGCGAGUUUGGGGGAUCUUUGGGUCCCUGGAAUCCCAAAUAAUAUGCCGGCUAUACUUCCUUCAACUGUGACUACUUCUCUCAAGGUUAGUGACCUUAUGCUUGACUCUCUUGCUUGGAAUGAUGCUUUGGUAAGAAGUACUUUUUCUGUGGGAGAUGCAGAGGCUAUUUUGAGUAUUGCUCUGAGUACUAGGAGAGUUGAGGAUAGGUGUGUGUGGAGAUUGGAAAGUGAUGGGGUUUUCUCUGUCAAAACUGCCUAUAGUCAUUCUUUCUCACUCUCACCCUCUAGACGUCCGAAUACGCUUAAUGUCAAUGGUGAAUUUUGGAAAAAGAUUUGGAAGGGUGGCAUUCCAACUUCAGUACGGGUACAUGCAUGGCGUGUGUGCAAUAAAAUUCUCCCCUCUUUGGAAAUGUUAGCCUCUAAACAUGUGGAGCUAGACUCUCAUAUAUGUGUCUUGUGUGAGACUAAGCAGGAAUGUACACUCCAUUUAUGUUGCAACUGUCCUUAUACUAAGCUGGUGCUCCAGACUAAUAGCAGCGUAUGUCAAGUGUGCUUUGAUGCUCAAACUGAAGGCUUUGGGAUCAUAGAGUGGCUGAGCUUCUGUGCCAAACAACUCCCUCAAAAAGCUUUUGAGGAGCUUCUGUACUUAUUGUGGAAUGUGUGGAACGAAAGAAAUAAUAGGGUGUGGAAACAAAAGAAAUCUCUUGCUAUUGAUGUUGCUCUACGAGCCUGUGCCGGGCUUGCAGAGUUUCGGCUGCAUAAUGUGAGAGCAAGGUUCUAA